GACUUCCUGUCGGUCUUGGAGAACGCCGAUUGGCUGGUCGCGUUCUAUGGAGUUGGCGCCAUAGCGAGCCUUCGUGCUGUCUUCAGAGCGCUUUCCCCCCAAAAAUACUACUCUUUGCCAGUAUUAGCGGUUUAUCUGCGACACAAUGGCUGAUAAAGACGCUGCAUUUGACGAUGCUGUGGAGGAAAGGGUGAUCAAUGAGGAGUACAAGAUCUGGAAGAAAAACACCCCUUUCCUUUAUGACCUGGUCAUGACUCACGCCCUGGAGUGGCCCAGCCUCACCGCCCAGUGGCUGCCAGAUGUCACCAGGCCAGAGGGCAAAGACUACAGCGUGCACAGACUGGUUCUGGGGACACACACUUCUGAUGAGCAGAAUCACCUUGUGAUUGCCAGUGUUCAGCUCCCAAAUGAUGAUGCCCAGUUUGAUGCCUCACACUAUGACAGUGAGAAAGGAGAGUUUGGAGGCUUUGGAUCUGUAAGUGGGAAAAUAGAGAUUGAGAUCAAGAUCAACCAUGAGGGAGAAGUGAACAGAGCCCGCUACAUGCCUCAGAAUCCUUGCAUCAUUGCCACCAAGACCCCCACAAGUGAUGUGCUGGUCUUUGAUUACACAAAGCACCCCUCCAAGCCUGACCCUUCAGGAGAGUGCACUCCAGAUCUGCGCCUGAGAGGCCACCAGAAGGAGGGCUACGGCCUUUCCUGGAAUCCCAACCUCAGUGGCUGUCUCCUCAGUGCUUCUGAUGACCAUACUAUCUGCCUCUGGGACAUCAGCACAGUGCCCAAGGAGGGCAAGAUUGUGGAUGCCAAGACCAUCUUCACGGGCCACACUGCUGUGGUGGAGGAUGUCUCCUGGCAUUUGCUCCACGAGUCACUCUUUGGAUCUGUGGCCGAUGACCAGAAACUCAUGAUCUGGGAUACACGGUCCAACAACACCUCCAAGCCCAGCCAUGCAGUGGACGCCCACACCGCUGAGGUCAACUGCCUGUCCUUCAAUCCCUACAGCGAGUUCAUCCUAGCCACUGGCUCUGCAGAUAAGACUGUGGCUCUUUGGGACUUGAGGAACCUGAAGCUGAAGCUGCACUCAUUUGAGUCUCACAAAGACGAGAUCUUCCAGGUUCAGUGGUCUCCUCAUAACGAAACCAUCCUAGCCUCCAGUGGCACAGACAGAAGGCUCAACGUCUGGGACCUCAGCAAGAUUGGAGAGGAGCAGUCUCCAGAAGAUGCUGAGGAUGGCCCUCCUGAGCUGCUGUUCAUCCAUGGAGGACACACAGCUAAGAUCUCAGACUUCUCUUGGAACCCCAACGAGCCAUGGGUCAUCUGUUCUGUAUCAGAGGACAACAUCAUGCAAGUCUGGCAGAUGGCUGAAAACAUCUACAAUGACGAGGACCCAGAAGGUGCUGCAGAUUCAGAGGUCCAGGCAUGAGUCCAGUCUCCACGUCUCUUCAUUUGACCUGCUUGUUAAAAAUGGAUCACUUUUCCAGUGUUGGGUGCAUAAGCAGUAAUGUCUUUUUAAAAAAAAUACAUUUUGGGCAGCAGUGGUUUUGUAGAAAAUUAAAAAAUAAAAUGCUGCAUUGUCAUCAUGUUGUGAAGUAUUUAAAAUACAGUCUGUAUAAGUCCGAUUUUUAGAUCUUUUAGUUUUUCAAACUCCCAAUACUCCACUCUGGCUUGUGAGGAAACCAUCACAGAUGAGUCCAUCAUCAUUCAGGUUUGCAUUCUGAUGGUUUUAUUUCUUUCUUCUUGAUUAGUUGUGCUGAAAACAUUUCUACAGAGAUCCAUUUUUAAUAAAUUGUAUAUACUGUAGGUUUUUCCUUUUUAUUGAUAUUCGUAGAAUGAAUUUUCCAGAUUGUGUGUUGUCACUUGUAUGUGUUUUUUUUUUUUUUUUUCUUUUCCCCUCUGCUUUUUUUCUGUGAUGCAUCUGAUCUCUUGUGUACU